AUGCGGAUCCCCGCGCUCCAGACGGAUCCAUGUGAUCUGUCGCAUCCGGCGUGCGAUCCUGCCUCGGUGCCUUUACCUCCAUCGCCACCGGAAUCACCACCCGCGGAGCGAACCGUGGGACCAGGUGAGUUGGAUGGCUCGGGCCGUUCCAGUCCCAGGUUAAUGGCCACUGCAUCUCCUAUCUCGUCAAGCCCGACCAGAGCCUCUGCCAUGUCCACGGCUCCCACGGAGGACGGUCCCCCAGUUUCUUUUGAGGAUUUUGCCACUCAAUAUCGCCAGAACCAGCGCAAGCAGGCCCAACGAAAGCGCCUGGAGAAGCGUCUGCGUGCCACCAAAGUUUCCAUCGGUGUAUCGGCCCGUCUGAUCCGCGUCGGGGCGACUGUGCAGCGCGGUCUCGUGGAAGCUUUGAAACAUGAUGACAAGGUCAAUUUCGCUGCUCUCUAUCACACACUCCAUGAUCUCCAGGAGUCCUGCGGUGCCGCCGUCCGGCGUGACGACCCACAGGACUGGGAUGACGAGCGCAAACUAUCCUCAUCCUCGGAAGCCGAGCUGGACCGUUCCCCGGAUUUCUUCCACCAGCUGAGUCCCCAGUCCCGGACGGACCUGCUGGAGAUCCUACGGCUGGUCCGUUCUGAUCCACAGUUCUUGGUCGAUCGUUUGCGCAGCUUGUCCUCGGCCCAGUUGACCGCAUUUACCUCACCCGCCACGGUUUUGGAUUCGGGUGACCCUGCAUUUUCUUCUUCGUCCCGGGCUCGGAACCAAGCUUUUUUAAGUCGAAACCAGGCCCAGUCUGCUUCAUUUAAGGACCAUGCUUAUGCCUUGGAGAGAACCGAUCCGCUGUCUAUUCUGCUUUGUAACGUUUUCGCCGCACCUUUGGAUCCCGAGACUCCGGAAUCCCGCCUGCGCGUGGACGUGUGGUCCUCCGUGUGUGCUCAACUAAUGUCCCACGGCAGCAGUAGAUACUACCCACUCAUCGGCCAAAUCCUCUCCUCGUGGGCCACGGGCAGCACCUGGAAAGCCCGGCCCAAGUUUGAGCUUUACCUUAUGGAUAUCCUGCAAACCGGUGCUUUUCUGUUGGAGCAUAUAGAUACCCCCGCGGGUUUGGAUUUUGCUUCCGAUGCCUUGGAUCCCUUGCGGACCGAUGUUGCAGAGGAGUUCUUUGCUUCUGCCGUGGAUGAUCUGUUCCAGGUGCUCGACGAUCCAGAUGGUGGCUUUCCUCGUGCUGUCUUGCAGUUUGCUAAAGCUGUCCUGCGGAAAUUGGACCAGCCAGAGGUCCGCAGCCGUUUCCUGGAGUUCUUGUUCGUUCAGUGGUUUUUCUCCAAGUUCCUCUACGGCGCCUUGACCUACCCUGAGACGCACGGUCUUCUACUAGACUUUCACAUUCGGAAGGAUGCUCGCGAGAAAUUGCUCGGCCAAGUUGGGCUGCGCGCCUACUCCCAGGUCUUUGCUGUUUUGCGCUCGAUGCAUCAUUUCUCGAUUCCCCGCCCGGCUAUCAGGGAGCGUGUUGAAAACAUGCUUUCUCAAUUCCAGAGCAUGACGCCUCCCGAUUCAUCCACUUUGGACUCUUCCCUCCCCAUCCAUAAACCGAGUCGGCGCAACUCUUCCUCAACUUUCCUGACAUUGUCUGCUACGGACGUCCUUACCCUCCUAGACGCUCUUUUCCCACACUCUCAUUCUCCUCAAUUAUCUCCAGCCUCGGCAGUUAUCCCUACUUGGUCAUCCAGCCAGGCGUCUUCCUUUAACCUCCGCUCAGAGCCGCACAUUGAACCGGGUUUUCUCCGUCCCAGGCAUGACACAGUCCCACGACCUGCCUCUCUCAAUGGAUCUUUAUUCUCGAUAGAAGCUCCCUCAAUAUCAGUCCCUGGGCAGGGACUCGGUCAAAAUGCAGCUCGGAUACGCUUCGAGCUGACGGACCUGGAUGACCCCAACGAGCAUCUGAGCUUAGAGCAUCCCUCGGAUGAACAUUGGACAAUCUUUUCUGUUGGCAAAGACGGCUAUGGUCUAACCUGGAGCCUACUCCCUGACUGCAGACCGGAGAUUUCCAAGUCCCUCAUCGCUGAGACCGACGAUGAUGCUCUGUCCACGGCUCUAGGGUUGGAAGAAAACCACGAAGCUUUGCAAACAGCCAUCGUGCGACUGAUCAAGGAAAAUCGCUUCCGUGACUCGGAUGACUAUGAAUUCCUUCCAAAUACUUCUCUGUCAACCCCUAAGUCACUGAAGCAGCGGUUCAACCAGGCCAUGGCUUAUUGCCAUCAUGAUUCAGACUUUGUUGGCGCACACUACUGGUGGAAUGCCUCUCGGCAGCUCCGACAGGGGAUGAGUACUCAUCCCUCGCGCGCUGCGGACGAUUCAUGGAUUCUGGGCCGCAUGCAUGACUCUUGUGUUCGCUCAUUGAGCCAGUCACGAGCUGUCAUUGAGCAGUGCGAGGGUGAUUUUGUGUCUCUUGACCAAAGUCUGCGUCGGCUGCAAAUCCAAGUCAAGGAAAUGGCGACCACCGCUGCCAAAGUCCGUGAUAAGAUGUGGUACAUGACGGACGUCAAAAAUUCCAUGAAGUACGAGGAAGCCAAACACGUGGCCAUGGCUCUGAAAACCAUGAUCUACUCUGCUCGGCUUUGCAGCCAAUUUCCGGAAGAGCAGCGAUCUCAAAGCAGCGCUCGAUCUCUGGGGGCGUCUUUGUUCCAAAAGCCCGAACUGCAAGUCAUGAAUAUGAUCAAGGCGCCGAGCAGCCAGGGUGGACCGAACAAGCUAUCCGAUGAGCAGGUAGACCUGACUCGAAAGUGGCUGUCCCACAAUGGAAUCGAGAAUUUCUGCAAAGGCGAAGAGCGAAUCCACCGUUUUUGCUAUGAAGUCCGCACAAGCAUCAACCGACUCGUGGGUGAAACCAUGGCGGAGACGCCGGUGCUGUGGGCAAGCGAACUAUUCCAGAGGGAACGGGCAAGAUACGAAGGUCACGGCACCCGUGGCUUUCCAGGACUCUCCAUGCCUACGACCCCUCGCCCUUCAACGACCGCUAGCGAGGAUCUUGUGCAUUCGUCUCACAUGUACGGCGCCAAUCUGACUAUGCCCGACCCGCUUUCUCGACUUUCUCAAGAUAGUCCAUCCUUGGGUCGGAAGUCUUCAAUUCAGAGCCUACUCUCCGAUAAAUGGCGACCUCCGCGGGAUCUCCCUUCCAUAGAUGUGUCUUCUGUCGGAGGAUCCCCGGGUCGUGCUGAUUCGACAUCGACGGGUGAUACCUGCAGCACUUUCUGGUCUGCGCCUCAACGCCAUCCCAUGUAUGCAGGCAGUGUGUCGAGCGUUUACUCGCGACCUUCGUCAAUGUUUAGCGAGACUGCUACACGCCAACCCCGUCGUACUGAACGCAAGACUCAUGGCAAAACGGCAUUCAUGGACGGCUUGAGACAGACUCUGACUAGUCUCCUCUUGAGUGAUUUGGGCUCCCCGGUCUGGAGCUGUGGCAGUGAAACAGACGCCUGGUUCACCGAUGCUCUCAACCAGAGGCGAAUCCGGACGCAAAUGCAGAGACGCGCUGCUAUCCAGAGAUUCUAUACCGACUAUUAUGAGCGGUCGAAACGUCUUGGAGAGCAGCGUGGACCUAUAAGAGGUCGGCGAAGCAGGUCUCUCGAUCCUCCCAGCGUGCAGGCACGCGGGUCAACGGGCACAAAUGCUUCGUUCAGAUCAUCGCAGCCAUCUUCCGAUGUGGACGGCCAAGCAGCUUUCUCAUACCAGGCGGUCUUCCAUCGCCUGAUUGAGGUGUUCUCGCGACACGGCAGCCCAUUCGUCAAGUUAAAUGCGUUGCGAGAUCUGCGAUCGCUGGUGAUUGCAUCGCUAAACUCGUCGCACGAGGCCGACUUCUCUGAUACGGCCACGGUGAUCUCAGCUGGCGAAAAUGAACGAAUGCGGGAAAGUCGGUCUCGACCGCGCGAUCGAUCUAGACAGCACAGCUUCUCAGAAACUCGUACGCCUGAGAUGCCACAAUUUGACGCCGGACUGCCUCCAUCUUCUCCGCCGGAGUCUGUCACUUACGGCUCCAGACGAUCCGACUACUCCACGCCGUCUGAAGAUCAAAUCGUCGGGAAAUUGCGCGAGCUCAUCCUCGAGGCCAAUCCCAAGACCCUGUUCCGCGAUCUGCAGUUCAUUUCAGCCUUUGUGUCUGGGGACCAGCUGAACAAGACCGACCGCGGCACAGCCUUCCUCCAAUUUGGGCUGGCCGCCCUGAGCCUCAAGGAGGAAAUCUGUCACAGCAUGGUCGAGAUCGCCGACCGCAUUGUUUCGGAAGAGCUCACGCGGCGCCACCCGCCCCCAGGAUCCGAAUUCUACCUGCGCCCGGCUCAUGCCAUUGAAGACGCCGCGGGCAUGUGGAUCAUCACCGCAAAAGAGGGCAACGCCGUCGCCCAGCGCGAGCUGGCCAUAUUCUACCUGACCCAUCCGGAGCUUCUUCCGCGCGUGACACUGCCUUUAACCCUCCCGCGCGAUACUUUCAAGGCGGAGAUGAUGUACCGUCGUGGUAAGGACUCCAAAUCCGACCCACAGAGCAUGUGUCUGGCGCUGCACUGGAUGCAGCUGUCGGCCAGUGGUGGUGACAUGCUUGCGCGCAAUCGACUACGUGAGCGGGAGGAGUUUGAUUCCAUUGCAUAA